AUGUACAUCACCCUCUACUACAUAGUCACCCGGCUCCCUGACUCUCCCCGCGUAGUCAAGGACCACUUCCUCUCAGUUUGCCCCACCACCUUCAACGUUGACCUCCUCGAGAAGGCCCUCCUAGCGGCAGAGAAGAGCAUAGUCGCUGUAGGAGCCUCUCGUGGUGACCCUCGCACCCCCGUCUUUGAGGGGUGUUCUCCCUCCCCCCUCUUGCCCUCUGUUGCCUCUGCUGCUGCGGCCGACCUCGUUGGUUUCGAGUCGGUCGGCGCUGCGUCUGCCCGAGCGGGAAAUGCCGCACCGGCAAGGGCAAGGGGGGCAAGGGCGCUGGAGGGGCUGGAGGGGGUGGUGGAGGUGGUGGUGGAUGCAAGAGGGAGUGGGGGUGGUGGUGGGAGUGGUGCCGGGGGUGGCGGCGGCGGCGGCAGCAGUAGAGGCGGCGGAGGCGGUGGUGGUGGCGGAGGGAGCGGAGGAGGCGGAGGUGGCGGAGGAGGCGGAGGUGGAGGAGGCGGCGGAGGCGGCGGCGGCGGCGGCGGCGGUGGUGGAGCGGGUCGCGACUCUGCGCAGAGGAGUGGCUCCGGUGGUGGUCCGCGCCAGCAGCAGCGGAGUGGUGUGACCCUGGCGAGGGUUGCCGUCUUUGAUCUUGACUAUGAUGCUAUCCUUGCUGCCAUGUAUUCUGUGACUACUAGUGUUAAGGGUGACUGUUACCUGUGUGUACCGCCUGAACCGGGCAUUGAGGCCACUGCUCUAGGUGCUGGUGAGGCUGCUGCUCUAGGUGCGAGUGCGUCUGCUGCCCCAGGUGCUAGUGCGUCUGCUGCCCUAAGUGCUGGUGAGUCUGCUCUCUCAAGUACUACGUCGGCUCAAGCCUUCCACACCUUCACCCUUGACUCGGGUGCGUCCCUCUCCUUCUUUCGAGACCGCACCACUCUUACGCCGCUCAGUCGGCCGGUCGCAGUCUCCCUUGCAGACCCCUCUAGGGGUCCUAUCCUUGCUAGCUUCUCCACUGUCUUACCGUGCCCGGCAGCCCCCUCUGGCACCCUGUCACGUCUCUACCUCCCCUCGUUCUCUACGAACUUGGUGAGUGGAGCGGACCUACAGGAUAGGGGGGUUGACCAGUUCACUCCUGCGAGUCAGCGGGUUACCCACUGCACGUGUGCUCGCACAGGCCGACACUUGGCCACGUUCACCCGCCGACCAGGGUCAAGCCUGUACACCCUUACUACUGCAUCUCCUCCGGAUGCUGAGUCUGCCCAGGUAGCUGCGUCGAGUCAGGGGCGACAGCGCGCCGCCCCUCACUCCUCCGAGUUUCCUCCGACAGAGGCUCCGCUGCAGACUCUCCACAUGGUCGUGUGGGGCCCUGCCCGCGUCAAUGGACAGGGGCGCGAGCGGUACUUCCUGCUGGUGGUUGACGAAUACUCGCGUUACACCAUAGUCUUCCCCUUGCGCAACAAGGGUGACGUCACUGAGGUAGGCGGGGAGUUUUCCUCUGCCCGUCUGGGAGCUUUCUGUCAAGCACAGGGCAUCCGCCAGACCUUCACGCUUCCGGCCUCUCCACAGCAAAAUGGGAUUGCUGAGCACCGCAUUGGCAUGGUCAUGGACGUCGCUCGUACGUCCAUGAUGGAUGCAACUGCCCCCCAUUUUCUGUGGCCGUUUGCGGUUCAGUACGCCGCGCAUCAGCUCAACCUUCAGCCCUGGGUCUCCUUACCAGAGACCUCCCCCGCCUUGCGGUGGACCGGAAAGGUUGGCGAUGCGUCUGCGUUUCGGGUCUGGGGAUCUCAGGCGUUUGUCCGCGACUUGUCUGCGAACAAGCCGUCCCCCCGUGUUGUUCCCUGCGUCUUCCUUGGCUUCCACCCUGACGCGCCUGGGUGGCAGUUCUACCACCCCACCUCGCGCCGUGUUCUGUCCUCCCAGGACGUCACCUUUGACGAGUCGGUGCCUUACUACCAUCUCUUCCCCUACCACUCUACGCCCCUCCCCCGGCCGCCACUCUUCCUUGCGCCAGAUCCUCCCCCGGUAGACCCCCUCCCCCCUCAGGGUCCUGCCUUUUCCGGUGUGUCCCAGGUAGACGCAGUCAAGACUGUCGAGGUAGUUGUUGACUCUGGUGCUACUAGAGGGGUGCUGAGUCUGGGGGUGCUGAGCGUGGGGGUGCUGAGCCUGGGGGUUUUGAGCCUGCGGGUGCUGAGUCUGGGGGUGCGGAGCCUUGGGGCGCUGGGUCUGCUCGUGUGGCCGCCGGUGGUGCUUCGUCGAGGCGGGAGCCGCUCUCUCCACAGGAGCUGCGCGAGUGGUUUGCCCACCGCUAGAGACGUGCUGCUGAGACGGGGGGUGCUGCUGGGGCUACUGGAGUUGGUCUUGCUGGAGCUGCUGGCGGUGCUGGUGCUCCUGGAGCUGGAGCUGCUGGGGGUGUUGGCGCUGGUGUUUCUACUGGCGCUGGUGCGUCUCGGGGUGCUGCUGAGAUUGCUGGUGCUGACGGUCCUACUGGAGUUGGUGCUGCUGGAGCUGGAGCUGCUGGGGGUGUUGGCGCUUGCGGUGCUGCUGGCAGUGGUGCUUCUGAGGGUACUGGAGUUGGCGUUGUUGGAGCUGGAGGUGCUGCUGGCGCUGGUGCUGCCGCUGGGGUCACAGUUACAGCCCGCCUCCCCUCUACCUGCUCCUUCUCCCUACACUAGUCCUUCUGCAGGUCUUGCUGAGCGUCGUGAGCCUGCGUCUCGUCCUGCGUCGCCUGUUCGUGCUGCUCGCACUAGUCGUCGUGCUGCGCGUCCGCGUCCUCCUGCGGUCCCCGGCACACACCAGAUGGCACUGCGUCCAUCCACUGCUCCUCUGCGUGUCCCGUUGCUGUCUCCUCCAGAGUCCUCUCUUCCUAUUCUUGCUGACCCGGAGUCUGACUCUCUUCGUGCUGCUAGUCCUUCAGUCACGCGCCUUCUUGCUACUGUUGUUACUGACCCUUCCUUUGAGUCCACUGUUGCGUUUGCCCUAGUUGCUGAGCUUGUCGACUUCGCUGCUCGUUGUCGUCUAGACUACGGUGCCAGUCUCGUUGCUGAGUCAGAGUCUAUCUGUCGUCCGUCCGUCGGGGGUGAGUGUGCCUUUAGCACGGACGUCCUUGAGGACAGGCAGGAGGAACUCCAGUGCUUUGCUACUGUUUUGCCCCAUCUUGUGUCCACGCUGAUUGCCCCUGAGGGAGACCUGGAUGCACCAGACAUCCGGACUCCUCGAUCGUACGCUGAGGCGAUCGAGGGUCCCUACUCCUCUCAGUGGCAGUCGGCCAUGGACGCAGAGAUGGCUUCCUGGAAGUCCACAGGCACCUCCAUCGACGAGGUUCCCCCACCUGGGGCGAACAUCGUCGGUGGCAUGUGGAUUUUGAGGGUGAAGUGGCCGCCGGGUUCUCCGCCUGUCUUCAAGGCGCGUUACGUGGCUCGAGGCUUUAGUCAGCGUCAUGAACGUCACUACGAGCUUCACUCUCUUGAUUUCAGCACAGCUUUCCUGCAGGGCAGCCUGCAUGAGGAGAUCUGGCUGCGCCGCCCACCUGGCUUCACUGGGUCGUUUCGUCCUGGUACCCAAUGGAGCCUCCGGCGGCCAGUCUACGGUCUCCGCCAGGCGCCCCGUGAGUGGCACGACACACUGAGGACUACACUUGUGGCUCUUGGGUUUGCUCCUUCUACAGCCGACCCGUUGCUAUUUCUGCGCACGGACACCUCUCUGCCGCCGUUCUACAUCCUCGUGUACGUCGACGACUUGGUCUUUGCCACUGCUGACACUACUGGACUCGCCCACGUGAAGUCCGAGCUGCAGAAGAGACACACGUGCACAGACCUGGGUGAACUGCGCAGCUACCUUGGCUUGCAGAUCACCCGGGACAGAGCACAGCGCACCAUUACCCUGACUCAGUCACACAUGGUGCAGCAGGUCCUUCAGCGCUUCGGCUUCACGUACUCCUCGCCUCAGGCCACUCCUCUGUCUACUCGCCACUCGCUCUCAGCUCUGCCUUCGGAUGAGUCCGUAGAGUCGAGUGGCCCGUACCCAGAGCUUGUCGGCUGCCUCAUGUACCUGAUGACCUGCACACGACCUGACCUUGCAUACCCUCUUAGCAUCUUGGCACGCUAUGUUGCUCCUGGGAGACACCGACCAGAGCACAUGGCUGCAGCGAAGAGGGUGUUGCGCUACGUGUGCAGUACGACGGGCAUGAGGCUAGUGCUUGGAGGGCGACGUCGAGUGGUCCUCACAGGUCACGCUGACGCUUCUUGGGCUGACGACCAGGCUCAGCAGCGGUCGUCACAGGGUUACACCUUCAGCCUUGGCUCCGGCUCUAUUUCGUGGCGGUCUACCUGCUCGUCUUCUGUUCUCAGCCCUAGCUGUGAGGCUGAGAUCUACGCAGGGGCCAUGGCUGCACAGGAGCUACGGUGGCUCACCUACCUGCUGACUGACCUAGGAGAGCCGCCUCGUUCUCCUCCAGUUCUGUACGUAGACAACAAGGCCAUGCUGGCCUUGUGUCGGGAGCACAGACUGGAGCACAGAACGAAGCACAUUGCUCUCCACUCAUUCCUGGCUCGUGAGCUGUAG